AUGGCACAAAAAUGGGUGCUAACGGUGACGGCACAAACACCAACUAACAUGUCAGUGAUAAAGUACUGGGGAAAGAGGGAUGAGAAACUCAUUCUUGCUAUGAAUGAAAGUAUAAGUGUCACUUUUGAUCCUGCCCACCUUUCUACCAUUACCACUGUUGCUGUUAGCCCUGCAUUCGACCAAGAUCGUAUGUGGCUCAAUGGCAAGGAAGCAUCCCUCUCUGGUAGCAGAUACCAGAAUUGUCUAAGGGAAAUUCGAGCUCGUGCUAACGAUUUUGAGGAUGAGAAAAAGGGUAUCAAAAUCACAAAAAAGGACUGGGAAAACUUGCACGUCCAUAUUGCUUCUAACAAUAAUUUUCCUUCUGAUGCGGGGGUGGCUUCCUCAGCUUCUGGUCUUGCAUGCCUUGUUUUUGCCCUUGCCAAGUUAAUGAAUGUACAACAGGAAAAUGGAGAACUCUCUGCCAUAGCAAGGCAAGGCUCUGGAAGCGCUUGCCGAAGCUUAUAUGGAGGAUUUGUUAAGUGGCUCUUUGGAAAAGAGAAAGAUGGAAGCGAUAGCUUCGCUGUUCAACUCAUAGAUGAGAAGUACUGGAAUGAUCUUGUUAUCAUCAUUACAGUGGUAUGGAUUAUAUUCAGGAUUGUAGUUCUAUGGAUUGAGAGGUUGGUUUUACAGGAGGUAGUCCCAAAACGCAUAAUUGAAAUGAAAAAAGCCAUACAGAAUUGUGAUUUUCCAACUUUCGCUCGUUUGACUUGUGCAGAGAAUAAUCAGUUUCAUGCAGUGUGCUUAGAUACCAGUCCUCCUCUAUUUUACAUGAAUGAUCCAUCUCACAGCAUAAUUGGCUGUGCUGAGAACUUGAAUCGCGCAGCAGGAACCCCACAGGUAGCUUAUACCUGCGAUGCUGGGCCAAAUGUUGCUCUAUUUGCACGUAACCGAGAGGCUGCUGCACUUCUGCUUCAAAGGCUCCUCUUCCACUUCCCACCAAAUUCAGAUACUGAUCUAGACAGCUACGUCAUCGGUGAUAACUCUAUCCUAAAAGAUGCUGGGAUUCUGGAUAUAAAGCACGUGGAAUCAUUACCUCCAUCCCCAGAAGACAAUGUCUCAAAUCAUAAAUAUAAGGGUGAAAUAAGCUACUUUAUCUGCACAAGACCUGGAAAAGGUCCCAUUUUUCUUACCGAUGAAAGCGAAGCUCUCCUCAACCCUGAAACGGGACUGCCAAAGUAAAUGGCGGUUCGUUGUACUAAGCUCCCGCUAUGUAUGGGUCCGGAGAAGGGCCUCUUGGACUUAAUAAAGGCAAAAACUGUCAUUUUAGUUGUUUCUGUUCUUAAGAACUGUGUAUUUGAAGCUUUUGUUUGUAACUAGAUGACCUCCACACGGGCACAAUAGUUUGAUCUAUGAUUACUCUGU